CCGGUGACUUCAAUGAAAUUUAUCUUUAUGAAGAGUUGAUGGAAUGUGAUAUGCAUCAAAUCAUUAGAUCUGGUCAACCUUUGACUGAUUCUCAUUACCAAUCUUUUAUUUAUCAAAUUUUAUGUGGAUUAAAAUAUAUUCAUAGUGCAAACGUUUUACAUCGAGAUUUAAAACCGGGUAAUUUAUUGGUUAAUGCUGAUUGUGAAUUGAAAAUUUGUGAUUUUGGUUUAGCAAGAGGUUUUAGUGAAAAUAUCGAACAAAACUCCGGGUUCAUGACCGAGUACGUUGCCACUAGAUGGUAUAGAGCUCCAGAAAUUAUGUUGAGUUUUACCAAUUAUACUAAAGCAAUUGAUAUUUGGUCGGUUGGUUGUAUCUUGGCGGAAUUAUUAGGCGGUAAACCUCUUUUCAGAGGAAAAGAUUACGUUGAUCAAUUAAAUCAAAUCUUAUUGAUCUUGGGUACUCCAAAAGAAUCAACCUUAACUAAAAUUGGCUCCAUUAGAGCCCAAAAUUAUGUUCGUUCUUUACCCUUGAUGAGAAAAAUUGAUUAUUCGGAAAUCUUCCCCAACGCAAACCCUUUGGCGCUUGAUUUAUUAGAAAAAAUGUUAACUUUAGAUCCUUAUCAAAGAAUUAACGUCGAAGAUGCCUUGAACCAUCCUUAUCUUGCCGUUUGGCACGAUCCUCAAGACGAACCGGAAUGUCAAAUGAAAUUCGACUUCAAAUCGUUUGAAACCGUCGACGAUAUCGAUUCAAUGAAGACCUUGAUCAUCGACGAAGUUAAGUCUUUUAGAGAAUUUGUUCGUAAACCAAUCCACGAACAACAACAAAUUCAAUUACAACAACAAUUACAACAACAACACCACCAGCAACAGCAUCAACACCAACAACAACAACAGCAACAGCAACAACAACAACAACAACAGCAACAACAACAACAACAGCAACAACAACAACAGCAACAACAACAACAACAACAACAACAACAACAACAACAAUACGACUUAGACUACCCAACCAGUGUAAAUACUAACCCUCAACUAAACGAAAACACUCAAUACUAUCAAUCUAUUCCAAAACCUCAAGAACUAGAUGAUUUCAACUUUCACGGUCUUAAUGAUAACGUCGAUAGAGUCGACAAUUCAAACUUGUUUAAAUUAGAAGAAGAAUUAGGGUUUGGUCUAGAUGGUGCUUCCAUGUUUAAUAAUUUGUAAUAAUACU